UACCAAUUAUCCUAAGCUCCCUUUUUUUCUUAAAUCUCUCAGUUUUAGGGCUUUUUCCAUCCAAGGGAGAAGCUGAAACGACACCGUUUUUCUUCUGCAUCGUUUCGUUUGGUUGCCGAGAAAAUGCGAGAAAGCGGAGGAAAAACAUUUGCCGCCGUAUCGUCGGGAGAGAGAUGCGUAAAUUAUCUUUCGCAAUCGAUUAUUUUCUCAGCAAACGCUACUUCCACUUGCCAUCUUCUCAAGCAACCUCUCGAUUCCACCUCAGACGAAGAAGUUUCCAUGUUUCCGUGUUUCUCAGAGAUAAUUUCGUGGACUCAAACGAGAGAACAAACGGAUUUGGCUUAGUUUGCCUCGAUAAGAGCCAAAACGAGCGUACGAGAAACGUAGAGCACGAUGAGUUUGCUGGUGACGUUGAGAAAAUAUACAGAAUUUUGCGGAAAUUCCAUUCUAGGGUUCCGAAGUUGGAGCUUGCUCUUAAUGAAUCCGGUGUCGAUCUGCGACCCGGGUUGAUCGAACGGGUUCUGAAUCGGUGUGGCGAUGCGGGGAAUCUAGGGUACGGUUUCUUUGUCUGGGCGACGAAGCAGCCCGGCUAUUGUCACAGUUAUGAAGUGUACAAAUCGAUGGUGAAAAUUCUAAGUAAAAUGCGGCAAUUCGGAGCUGUCUGGGCUUUGAUUGAAGAGAUGAGGAAGGAGGACCCGCAGUUGAUUUCACCGGAAUUGUUCGUCGUACUGAUGCGGAGGUUUGCGUCUGCGAAUAUGGUGAAAAAAGCAAUCGAGGUGCUCGACGAAAUGCCUAAGUACGGAUGUGAACCGGACGAGCAUAUAUUCGGCUGUUUGCUAGAUGCCUUGUGUAAGAACGGUAGUGUUAAGGAUGCUGCAAAGCUUUUCGAGGAUAUGAGGGAGAGAUUCCCGCCGAAUUUGCGGCAUUUUACUUCCCUUUUGUAUGGUUGGUGCAGGGAAGGGAAGCUUAUGGAAGCUAAACAUGUUCUAGUUCAGAUUAAAGAAGCUGGUUUUGAACCUGACAUUGUUGUUUACACCAAUCUGCUAAAUGGGUAUGCUCAUGCUGGGAAAAUGUCGGAUGCUUAUGAUCUCUUAAACGACAUGAGAAGAAAAGGAUUGGAACCGAAUGCGAAUUGUUACACGGUCUUGAUUCAGGCGUUGUGUAAGAUGGAAAGAAUGGAUGAGGCCAUGAGGGUUUUCGUUGAGAUGGAGAGGUAUGGAUGCGAGGCUGAUAUCGUGACUUAUACAGCAUUGAUAAGUGGGUUUUGCAAAUGGGGGAAGAUCGAAAAGGGUUGUGGCAUUUUGGAUGAUAUGAUAAAGAAAGGGCUGAUACCGUCCCAACUCACGUACAUGCAGAUCAUGGUGGCUCAUGAGAAGAAAGAACAGUUUGAAGAAUGCCUGGAGUUGAUGGAGGGCAUGGAAAAGAUCGGGUGUCAUCCCGACCUUGUCAUUUACAAUGUAGUAAUCAGAUUAGCUUGUAAGUUAGGGGAAACUAAGGAAGCUGUUAGGUUAUGGAAUGAGAUGGAAGCUAGUGGAUUGAGUCCUGGGGUUGAUACAUUUGUUAUUAUGAUCAAUGGGUUCACAAGCCAAGGCUGUCUGAUCGAAGCAUGCGACCACUUCAAGGAAAUGGUGAGUCGAGGCCUCUUCUCUGUUCCUCAAUACGGUACAUUGAAGUCAUUACUAAAUACCCUUUUGAGAGCCGAUAAGCUCGAGAUGGCUAAAGAUGUAUGGAGUUGCAUGACAAGCAAAGGCACAUGCGAGCUGAACGUAUCUACUUGGACGAUAUGGAUCCAUGCCUUGUUCUCAAAAGGGCACGUGAAGGAUGCGUGCUCGUAUUGUUUGGACAUGAUGGAGAUGGAUCUUAUGCCACAACCGGAUACAUUUGCCAAGCUAAUGAAAGGUCUGAGGAAACUGUACAACAGGGCGAUUGCAGCGGAGAUUACAGAGAAGGUGAGGAAGAUGGCAGCAGAGAGACAGAUAAGUUUUAAGAUGUAUAAAAGGAGAGGAGAGCAGGAUUUAACAGAGAAAGCCAAAGCGAAAGCUAAAGGGAAGAAGGAAGGGGAGAAGAGAAGAGCUCAUAGGCACAGAUGGGGUGGUGAACGGAGUAGAGCCAAAGCACUGUAAUGUUUGUUCGUGUUCCAAGUGAAACAGCUUCUUGUAGUUCUUCUUUUGUCUCUUGGAUAAGUUGACUUGUAAUGUAAUGCAAGGUUUGACCAGAUAAGCCUCUGUUUCUGUCAGUGACUUGGAAUCCUGGAAAAAUUCGGAAGAACGCUUGCUGAAUAAUAAGCCUGCGAGAGUUGCACAUUGCAUGUA